ACGACAAGUUAGUGUGGAGCAGUUACAAUAGUUAGUUCUUAUUUAGCUUCAGUCAAGAUGGGUACUUUAUCUAUUGUUGCCUGGUCUGUGAUUAGUAUUGUGUCGCUGAUAUACAUUUAUUUCAAGAAGAAAUACUCAUUUUGGAAAGAUCGCGGUGUGAAUUAUGUUGAGCCAACAUUUCCGCUGGGAAAUUUACCAUCUCGUAAAGCGCAUUUUAAAGAUUUUAUCACCAACGUCUACAAGUAUAAAAACGAAAAUCCUUUCGUAGGCGCUUAUAUAAUAGCGAAGCCAAUAGUUAUUCCAACAAGUCUCGAUUUCGUUCAGAACAUCCUAGUGAAAGAUUUCAGUAACUUCCAUGAACGUGGAGCAUACUCGAAUGAAGAAGAUGACCCUCUGUCUGCCCACAUGUUUAACGUGGAUGGAGAAAAAUGGAAAUUAUUACGAACAAAAUUAUCACCGACAUUCACAUCCGGGAAAAUGAAGUUCAUGUUCCCGACAGUUGUAGAUGUAGCGAAUCGAUUUAACGGCAGCCUCGCGGAUAUUGUUAAACCGGGACCAGGAUCUGAAUUAGAGAUCCGAGAUCUGCUUGCCAGAUUCACCACAGAUGUGAUAGGUUCUUGUGCUUUUGGAAUAGAAUGUAAUAGUUUGAAAGAUCCUAAGUCAGCAUUUCGCUUUUAUGGAAGGAAAAUAUUCGAAGAUGCUCCAAUCGGAGCUGGAACACUGUUGUUAGCUUUUCAGUAUCCGGAUUUAGCAAGGAAAUUGCAUAUUACCCAGACGCGGAAAGAAGUGAUCAACUUUUUCAUGAACACAGUUCGAGAAACAAUUGCUUAUCGGGAGAAAAAUAAUGUGAAACGGAACGAUUUCAUGAAUUUUCUGAUCCAAUUGAAAAAUGGCGAGAGUAUAGAUGAUGAAAGGUCAAACCAGAUGAGAAAAUUAACCAUGGAAGAAGUUGCUGCACAAGCGUUCCUAUUUUUCGCUGCCGGAUUUGAGACUUCAUCCACAACAAUGACCUAUUCCUUAUAUGAGUUGGCGUUGAAUCCUGAGAUUCAAGAAAAAGCUCGACAAGAAAUCAACGAUGUUUUGGCGAACCAUGAAGGCGAAUUGACUUACGAAGCAGUCCAGGAGAUGAGAUACAUUGACCAAAUAAUAAGUGAGGCUCUUCGCAAGUAUCCCCCAGUGGUAUUUCUUUUCAGAAAAGCUGCUCAAGAUUACCGGAUACCAAACACGAAAACUAUCAUUGAGAAAGGAAUGGAAAUAAUGAUUCCAGUUUAUUGUAUCCAUCAUGAUCCUGCAAUAUAUCCAAAUCCAGAAACUUUCGAUCCAGAACGCUUUACACCAGAGCAGAUAAGAAACCGACAUCCAACGUCUUUCUUAGGUUUUGGUGAUGGUCCCAGAAAUUGCGUAGGAUUACGUUUUGGACGAAUGCAAACGCGGAUUGGGUUAAUAACUUUAUUACGCAAUUAUCGAUUUAAACCGUCGCGCAAGACUGCAAUUCCGUUAAUUUUUGAUUCCGAGUUAGUUAUACUCACUCCGAAAGGAGGAAUGUAUCUUGAAAUUGAGAGAAUUUAAAAAAAGUUGUCAUGCAUAUAAAAUAUUCAGGAGAAAGUGUUUAAGUGUUUUGGAGCUAACAACUGAAAGUGAUCGAAACUAAAAUUUAAAUUGUCCUAAUUGGAAUAAACUCGCUUUUCCUUUUUAAAAAAUAAAAACUGUGGAGUUUA